AUGUCUGUCCCUGACUUCGGUAAUUUAAAGGGGGAUGCAGGCUUAGAGAAGUUAAAUAGUUAUCUUUCAACACGUUCUUAUAUCACAGGCUAUUGCGCUACUCAAGACGAUGUAUAUACACUGCAGAAGCUGCUCGGCGAUGAUGAUAAUGAAGAAGAGCUGCAGAAGUUGAAGCAAAAAAAGACAGAAGAGAAGGGCAAGAAGAAGAAAGAAGUAGUUAAUAAAUCGUCUCUCGUCAUUGAGGUCAAACCAGCAAACGCAGAUGUAGACCUGGACGAGAUAGCUCGGGCAGUAAAGAGCAUAGAAAUAGACGGGGUGACGUGGGGCGAAGCUGUAAAGAAGGUGCCGAUAGCCUUCGGUCUAUUUAAACUGCAGCUAAGUUGUACUAUACUAGACGAUGUUGUUGAUACCUGUGAGAUAACUAAUACUAUUGAGGCUUUAGGACUUACUGAGGAGCAAAAAGAAAAACUUAAACAUAAACAAGAGACGGGUGAUGAUGAUGAUGAUGAUGAUGAUG